GAAAGAACGAUUUAAAUUUCGAUAGAAAUUAAAUUUUUGUAACUUUAACAAAUUUUCGAAUCAACGGAUGUUAAAAACUUUCGAUUUUGAAAGGAAGUUCAUUUCCUUCCUCUGAUACUAGUAAGUUGAUUCAGAAACGUUUGCACACGAGACUUUGCCGGCUGUAGGCCGUCGACUUGGACAAAAAGGACAAUUUUCCCACCAUUCGGGGGAAUUCUCUACACGAUGUCACGAUGUCGGACAGAUAGCCAUACAUUUGGGCAGUCCAUUUGAGAAAGAGAGGCAUACAAUUCAACACAGUUUCUCCAUACAAAGAGAAGGCCGCAGUUCGUCGUUCUCCGCAUAAAAUAUCGCCAUACGAUAAGUAAGAGAGAAGAAGACCGCUCCAAAAAGGUUAAUCAUGUCGAAAGAGCGCAUCCUUAGAAGCAACGAUUAAUGAAUGUCCCAUACAAGAAUCGGAAAGAACUGGGAAGCUGAUUUUCAUCUUGAAAAUACAGAAAACAGAAACUAAAAAAGGAGAAGAAAGAAAUCCACGAUUCACUCUUAAAAAUUUGUAUUUUACAUGCUUGAAAGUUGUGAAUUCGUCUUACAGGAAACAUGCUAUGAAGGAAAUAUUUUAGAAAAAUACAAUAAAAGGAACCAAAAGAAAUUUUCAUGUAAACACUGUAAUAAGAACUUCAAAACUAAACAACAUUUGCAAACUCAUGAAAAAAUACAUACAGAAGAAAAAUUAUACUGUUGUGACGAGUGUAAACGGAAAUUUACACGGAAAGGACACUUAAUUACACACCUUUGGACCCAUACAGAAGAAAAACCUUACACAUGUGACAAGUGUAAAAAAAAGUUUUCAGCAAAGGGAGACUUAAUUAAACAUAUUCGUAUCCACACGGGAGAAAAGCCUUACAGUUGUCAUGAGUGUAAACAGAAAUUUACAGAAAGGGGAACCUUAAUUACACAUCUUCGCAUUCAUACUGGAGAAAAGCCUUACACUUGUGACGAGUGUAAAAAAAAGUUUUCAAUAAGGGGAAGUUUAAUUAAACACCUUCGGAUCCAUACUGGAGAAAAGCCUUACAGUUGUGACCAGUGUAAAAAAAAGUUUACAGAAAGGGGACACUUAAAUAAACAUCUUCGCACCCAUACUGGAGAAAAGCCUUACACUUGUGAUAAGUGUAAACGAAAAUUUACACAAAAAGGAAGCUUAAUUAGACAUCUUCGCAAUCAUACUAAAUGAAAUCCUUACAGUUGUGACGAGUGUAAACAGAAGUUUUCACGAAAGGAAAGUUUAAA